AAUGGCUCAGGCUUACGACUUUGCACUGGAAAAAAUCGGAAUGGAUAUAAAUUCGUUUUCAAUCUGGAGUGAUUAUAUUAGAUUUUUAAAAUCUGUAGAGGCUGUAGGAUCUUAUGCUGAGAAUCAACGAAUAACGGCUGUAAGAAGGAUUUAUCAAAAAGGAGUCAUUACUCCUCUGAGUCAUAUUGAGCAAUUAUGGAAGGAAUAUUGUAUUUGGGAACAGGCUUUAAAUCCAAUACUGGCAAAAAAGAUGCAAGAAGAAAGAGGACGUGACUAUAUGAAUGCAAAAAGAGUUAGUAAGGAAUUAGAAGCAAUAACAAAGGGAAUUAACAGGAAUGCACCAUCUGUACCGCCGCAAAAUAUACCCGAAGAGCAAAAACAGGUUGAAUUAUGGAAAAAAUAUAUAAUCUGGGAAAAGAACAAUCCACUGAGAACUGAAGAUAAAAUUCUCUGCACAAAAAGAGUUAUGUUCGCCUACGAGCAAUGUUUAUUGUGUCUGAGUCAUUAUCCCAAUAUUUGGCUUGAUGCAGCAGCUUAUCUUGAAGAAGCCAGUCGACUACUUAUCGAAAAGGGUGACCAACAAUCUGGUAGAACGUUUUCUGAAGAGGCAGCUUUGAUGUACGAAAGAGCAAUUAGCGGUGUGCUGAAAAAGAAUACCCUACUUUUUUGUGCUUAUGCUGAUUUUGAAGAGAAUCGGAAUAAGCAUGAUAAAGUUCAUUCGAUCUAUAAGAGACUUAUUGAUACACCGGACUGUAACCCUACACUUCCAUACAUUAUGUACAUGAGGUUCUGCAGGCGAGCUGAAGGAAUUAAAUCCGCCCGAAACGUUUUUAAACUAGCAAGGGAGGACGCGCGAAUUAGUCAUCAUAUUUUUAUCGUUGCUGCUGACAUGGAAUACUUUUGUAACAAAGACAAGAGUGUCGCUUUCAAAAUUUUUGAAUUGGGCUUGAAAAAAUUUUUCUCAAAUCCUGAUUAUGUACGCAUGUAUUUGGAUUUCAUGUCGCAUUUAAAUGAGGACAACAAUACUCGUGUUUUAUAUGAGAGAGUUUUGCAGCAACUUGAUUCUUCAAAAUCCCAUGAAAUAUGGAAUAAAUUCCUGCAUUUUGAAUCUACUGUCGGAGAUAUGGCUUCAAUGAGAAAAGUUGAGAAACGUCGGGCACAAGUUUUACAAUCGGAAUAUGAAGGCAGGGAAACAGCUCUUCUAGUUGAUCGAUACAAGUACUUAGAUUUAUUACCAUGUGAUUCACAAUCUUUACGUUGUUUAGGAUAUACGCAACAGCAAGAUAGAUCAAAUCAUGUUGUUCACUCUUCUAUAAUUGCUGAUAAAUCGGAUACGAUUAAAAAAGAAGAAGGAAGAGCGGAAAAAAGUUAUGCAAGACCUGAUUUAACCUGCUUCAUUCCAUUUAAACCAAAACGUUCCCAUUUUGGAGCUGCUAUUCAUCCUCCUGGCGUUUUUUCACUUCCGUCGUCUGCCUGUGAUCUUUUGCAACGUCUACCUCCGCCCGAAAGUUUCCAGGGACCAUUUGUUGUUAUGGAAAAAUUUAUGGAACACAUGAUGAUGAUUCCGGUUCCAGAUGGAGGUGUAACAAAUGGCGAAACCGUAACAGUCAAUAAAGUUGAUCCAGGGACUCAAUUAUCUAUAGACAUAGCUUCAGGAAGAAAGAGAAAGGUGGUAGUAAAAGAAAAUGACGACAGCGAUGAGGACACAACUACAGCUCCUCCUACAAAUGACAUAUACAGAUCAAGACAUCAGAAAAAAGCGCGAUAA